AUGUCUGUGAUCACUGCUGCUCCACUUCUAGCCCUGUUAAGGGAGGAUGACCACACUGUGAAGUCUUAUGCGUUACACUCAAUUAACGAAGUUGUGGACCAACUGUGGUCGGAGGUAUCGAACGAUAUCACUGAUAUCGAGGCGCUUUAUGAGGACAGCAAGUUUGAGGAUCGGAAGCUGGCGGCGCUUGUUGUCUCGAAGAUAUACUACAAUCUGGGGGAGUACGAAUCUGCUGUCAGGUACGCGCUAGCUGCAGAGGAGUACUUCGAUAUAAACGAGAAAUCCAGGUACGUGGAGACAAUUGUAUCACAAAGCAUUGAGAUGUACAUCAAGCUGGCCACUGAGAAUUAUGGCAAAGAGAAAAGUGAGAUUGACCUGCAGUUGGUGAGCAUAUUCGAGCGUAUGUUAAACAAGUGCAUCACGGCGGGCGAAUACAAACUGGCUUUAGGGAUUGCGCUGGAGAGCUACCGGCUAGACGUGGUCACCAAUAUCCUUACUCAGCAGACUUCGGAGCCUAAUAUGCUGAAGUUAAUAACUUACGUGCUGAUUGCUGCGACGACUACUGUCAGCAACACCCAUUUCAAAAUCAACAUUUUGUAUGCAUUGUUUGACAUCCUAAUUAGGCUGAAGGCUCCUGAUUACUUUGCAGUAUCCAAGAUCAUUGUGAACUUGAACGACUCGAAACUUGCCGCGAGACUUUUUGACAAGUUAGUUUCAGAGAAGAAUACCGAAAUUGCCUACCAAAUUGCAUUCGAUCUCGUCACUUCUGCAUCUCAAGGGCUAUUAAAUGAGCUGGUCGCUACUUUGAGCACGGGAGAGGGCAAUGACAGGCUAGUGGAGAUCCUAUCUGGCUUACCAACAUGUGAUUUCUACAACACGUUCCUGCAUGCGAACAAGCGUAUUGAUAGGAGCUUGUUGAACAAGUCGAAGUCAUCUAUGGACGGCAAGUUUUCUUUGUUCCAUACUGCAGUCAGUGUCUCCAAUGCAUUCAUGCACGCUGGUACUACAGACGAUACAUUCGUUAGAGCCAACCUGCAGUGGCUAGGCAAGGCCCAAAACUGGGCUAAGUUCACAGCCACUGCAUCGUUAGGUAUUAUUCACCAGGGAAAUCUCACUGGUGGCAAAAAAAUUAUGGAACCUUAUCUACCGGGGAGUCGUGCUUCUUCCCGUUAUAUCAAGGGAGGUUCGCUUUAUGGCCUUGGUCUGAUCUAUGCUGGGUAUGGUAAGGAGAUUAUUGGCUAUUUGAAAGACCAGAUUGUGGAGAAUAGCUCAAAUGCAACUGAUGACGACGUUGAUGUCUUGCUACAUGGUGCUUCUCUUGGAAUUGGUUUGGCUGGUAUGAGUUCGAAUAGUACUGAAAUAUUUGAAGCCUUAAAGGAGGUUCUCUAUGCGGAUUCCGCCAAUUCAGGAGCAGCUGCAGCACUUGGUAUCGGUUUGACGAUGUUGGGUUCAGGCGAUGAAACUGUUGCUGAAAACCUAUACACGUAUGCACAGGAAACCAGUCACGGCGAAAUCACGAAAGGGUUGGCAAUUGCGCUAGCUUUGCUAAACUACGGGCGUGAAGAAUUGGCAGAUGAAACGAUUAAGAAAAUGCUUGAGCACGAAAAUGAUUCCAUGCGUUACGGUGCUGUUUACACGAUAGCAUUGGCUUACGCAGGCACGAGUAGUAACGAAGCGGUAAAGAAACUUCUCCAUGUUGCUGUAUCCGACUCUAACGAUGACGUUAGACGUGCCUCUGUUACUGCGCUUGGUUUUGUCCUCAUCCGCGAUUACACCACUGUCCCUAGGAUCGUUGAAUUGCUGUCUGAAUCCCAUAACCCUCAUGUUAGAUGUGGUACCGCUUUUGCCUUAGGCGUUGCCUGCGCCGGUCGAGGAUUACAGGCCGCUAUAGAUGUGUUAGAACCGUUGACAAAUGACCCCGUUGACUUUGUUCGCCAGGCUGCGAUGAUCGCAUUGUCGAUGAUCUUAAUUCAGCAAACGGAGAAGACUAAUGUUAAGGUAAGGGAUGUGAAUGAACAGCUCAGAAAUGUCAUAGCUAACAAGCAUCAAGAGGGUCUUGCAAAGUUUGGUGCAUGUGUUGCGCAGGGGAUUAUCAAUGCAGGUGGUCGGAAUGUUACUAUCCAACUUGAGAACUCGGAGAUGGGAACUUUGAAUACGAAAUCUGUUAUUGGACUAGCAAUGUUUACGCAAUUUUGGUAUUGGUUCCCAUUAGCCCACUUCCUUUCUCUUUCAUUUACUCCCACAACUACAAUUGGCGUUCGGAGCCAUGACCUAAAGAUCCCUAAGUUUUCCUUCCACUGCCACACGAAAGAGGGCAUCUUCGACUAUCCACCUAUGUUUGAAGAAGAUAUAGACAAGAGCAUCGAGAAAGUUGCAACUGCUGUUCUUUCAACAACGGCCAAGGCCAAGGCGAGGGCCAAAAAGUCAAAGAAGGACAAGGCAGUAGAGCCAGAUAAGUCCAAGGAAGAGAUCAAGGUUGAAAACGAGCAGCGUGAUAAAAAAGAGCAUGACGCCGAUGUCCCUGAAGAGGAAUUUAAGAUUAAAUAUACCUCGACCUACUAUAAGGUUGAGAAUAUGACGCGUGUAGUACCACAGCAAUUAAAAUAUAUUGCAUUUCCAAAGGAUGAGAGAUUUACUCCCGUUCGCAAGUUUAAGGGUAGCAAUGGCGUUAUAGUGCUAUCGGACAAAACUCCUGACGAGCCGGUCGAAGUAAUCAAAACCGUUAGACAGGAAAAAGAGACGGAUGCUCCUCUGCCUGCUCCCUUCAAGGUUCAGGAUGACUUAGAAUUCUGA